AUGGGGGUCACCGUGGACGUGCACGAGGUGUUCAAGUACCCCAUCGAGCAGGUGGUCGCCAGCUUCCUCCGAAAGUAUCCAAACCCCAUGGAUAAAAAUGUCAUCUGUGUAAAAAUUGUGGAGGAAAAAAAAGAUGUGUCCACCGGGAUCAUCUAUAGAAAGAGGAUUGCAGUCUGUCAAAAUGUGGUUCCAGAAAUUUUAAGGAAGAGGAUUGCAGUCUGUCAAAAUGUGGUUCCAGAAAUUUUAAGGAAGGUGAAUAUUUUAAAGGUACCUAAUGUCCAGUUAGAAGAGGAAUCAUGGUUCAAUCCUCAGGAAAGGAACAUGGCUAUAAGGAGUCACUGCCUUACGUGGACACAAUAUGCAUCUAUGAAGGAAGAGUCUGUCUUCCGGGAAAGUAUAGAAAAUCCAAAUUGGACGGAGUCCAUUCAAAAAGGCAGGAUUUCAAUCACAGGGGCUGGUUUUCUCAACUGCGUUUUGGAAACUUUUGCCAGCACAUUUUUAAGACAGGGUGCCCAGAAGGGAAUUAGAAUAAUGGAGAUGCUGUUAAAGGAACAGUGUGGUGCCCCCUUAGCUGAAUAAAGAAUCAUCAGGAAGCUGUGUUGUGUCUACUUUCGCUCGAGAAUCUUUUCUCGGACACAACACAUCCAAAGACACAAUUUUCGAAAUACAGGUAUAA